UCCAGCUUAUUCAGGAUGUUAUUUAUUUGAAUGUGCAAAUGUUGGGAAGAACAUUUUCCUGAAACAUUUGGUUACUGGAGUGUUUGCAUGUAAAGAAACUAAAGUUAGUGGAUUCCUAGUAAAAAUUUGAAUAACUGAAUUCCUGGAAAGGCUAGCAGCAUGUUUCUAAGGUGGAUGUCCAUCCUGCAGAUUCCUUUAAAGUGCACCUACUGCAGUUUUCCUGAUUUUCUAUACAUCAUUCAUUACAGUGCUAAAAACCUCAUAGAAAGGUCAACAUAUGCAAAAGUAAUCCAUGUGAACCAGAAGUGGAGACUAUAUACUGCUUUGUUUUUGGGCCUCCGAAUGAUGUCAGUGAGGGAGGAUUUCUUCAUUUGGUCAGCUAAGGCUCUGUGAACAACAGCUCCACCCAUCUGCUAUUGAAACCUUCUGUUUCCGAGGGCAGCCAAUCAGAAGAAAGCAGGUUUUUAGGGAAGCGGUUGAGGGCAGGUACAAGAUAAAUAAGGAUUAUUUUAACUGUUAUUUACAUAAAGAUACUCUAGUAGAUUCCAUAAGUAAAAACAUGGAGCUGGAAAUGAGCAGAUAGCAGAGUCUUUGAACUGGCCCCAACAGGGAAUUAAAAAAAAUAAACAGAGGAGGGUACAGGUCAAAAGGAGGAGUCGGGAGCAUCUCUGAGCAGAUGCUCCUGUAUAACCUGAGCUGUUUAGAUCAGACAAUGUCAGGAAAGAUGUGCAGCAGCAGCAGCAGUGUUAUUCAGGCACAAAAACUGGUGGAUCAACUUCGGGUAGAGGCAAGCAUGGAGAGAUUCAAGAUCUCUCUGACAGCAGCAGAUUUAGUCCAGUACUGUCAGGAGCACAGGCGCAGCGACCCCCUGCUCACCGGCAUAGCCGCUUCAUCCAAUCCCUUCAAAGAUAAGAAGACCUGUGUGAUUCUUUGACGGCUCCCAGACGGCGCUGUGAGGAAAACCUCUGUCUGAGAACACAACCACGAACAUGCACUGUGUAAACGAUAAUACAUGUUCUCAUCUGGGAAAUCACAAAAUAAUCCACGCACUUGAUUUUUAGAACAUUUAAUGUUGUCUUCUGUGGAAACAGUCUCUCAGCACGUUUGUAAAUGAUUUUUGGUCAAUAUUAAAAUCACACACAGCAUAUGGACACAAAUAAUAACGCUUUCUUGACUGUAUUCAAAUAAAUAGCUAUAGAACUACGAUCAGUGUGUCACAGCAAUAAAUACUUUACUGUACAUGAAACAUUUAAGUUAAUUAAGUAAUUAUUGUUGUAUAAUGCCAGUUUACAUAUGAGAUUCAAUAAAUGUAUUAAAAUUACAAACAUUUACAUGUCUGUGGUUUCAGUGGUUUGAACAUAGCAUAUUUAAAGUGUCUUUAAGA